GCGACUGAUAUAACCAGAGAAACGUUGGUGACGUUAAUAUACAGAUGAGUGCGUUGAGGUUAUAACGAUUAAAAUGAUCAUUAUGAAGAAAAUUCUGUACUUAUUCUUGAUUUUUGUUAAUUUAUGCGGGCAAUACGUAAUUGCGGAACAUGAAGAGGACGCUUCUACAGAUCUGUACGUAAUCGAGGGAAAAGUAUUUCCCUGGGACAAUGCUGCUUCCAGUGGAUGGCAACUCAUGACGCAUGUAAUGGCCAACGGUGGUGAACAUUAUGGCUUUUUGAGGGAGGAUGGCACAUUUAUCAUUUCAAAUGUUCCAUCGGGAUCGUACAUGGUCGAAGUGGUGAAUCCAAAUUAUGUUUAUGAACCAGUCAGGGUGGAAAUUAAUUCUAAAGGAAAAUUCCGAGCACGUAAAGUAAACUUGAUACAAACCUCGCAAGUGAUUCAAGUACCUUAUCCGUUGAAAAUGAGGCCUUUAGCACCAUUUCGAUAUUUUCAAGUUAGAGAACAAUGGCGAAUGACAGACUUUUUAUUCAAUCCUAUGGUUUUAAUGAUGGUUUUGCCACUUCUCCUGAUUAUGGUCCUGCCAAAAAUUAUGAAUGAUCCUGAAACUAGAAAGGAGAUGGAGCAAUUAAAUAAUCUCACUAUUUAUAAUAUGCCAGAAAUGUCUGAAGUGAUAACAUCUUUCCUUUCUGGAGGAGAGAAACAAAAAUCAAAAGCAGUAAAAGCUGCUAAGAAAAGGCAAUAAUUUAUUAAUUUAUUGCCUGUAGAUGAUUGUAUGUAUAUGUUUACUCUAGUCUUUAAAAUAUAAAAGGAUAUCAACAACAAAAAUGGAGCACUUCUGGGGAAAAAAAAUAUUUCAAUGAUUGAAUAUUGUGUAAGAUUAUGAUGGUUAAUGCACCAAGUCUUUAACUUACAAGUUUGAAAGUGUCAGUAAUUAGCGUCUUGUAAUUUAACGUGAUUGCAAAAAUAAUUUUGCAUUUUUUACAUAUAUGCAAACAAAAGAACAAUAAGAUAUCAGUAAUACUUAAAUUAAUUAUUAGAUCUGUUAUAUAAUUGCUGUGUGCAUAUACUUAUAUUGCACCAAGUUUUGUAAAGUGGUAAAAAAUUGUAUAGAAUAAGUAGGAGGAAAUUGACACAUGAUGUAUAAUCAGUCACAAUGAUAUGCAUACUUAUAAUUAUUAUAUUUUACAUAGUAAUAACAGUUUUAUGCUUUCAUGCUUUCUGAUAUUGAUUUGAUUAUCUUACGCACUUUCCA